CGAGAACCUCGUAAUGUAAAUCAACAUGCUCGUCACCGUCUGUUCGAGUUCCACGCUGCCUGCUCUGCGCAGACCCGAGCGUUGACUGCCCCUCAAACCCUGACAUCACCUCGCUUCCGAUUUUUUUUUUUCUUCUCUCCGGACCCUUACAUCCCGCCUUUCAAAACCAGACGACCGCUCACUCGACAUAUCUUUAGUCUCCUUAGCCGAGGGACUCCUCCCGUUCGUCUGCUGCUCGCCGUCUUGCCAACUUGACGACGAGUCCAGGGCAAUUGGGGCCCUCAGCAUGGUGCGCAACAUUAUCGUCAUCGGCGGGAACUCCCACCCCCAGCUCACCGAGCAAAUCUGCAACCACUUGGGCAUUCCACCCGCUAAGGCCCUCCUUUCCAAAUUCUCCGUGGGCGAAACCCGUGUCGAGAUCGGCGAGUCUGUUCGUGGGAAAGAUGUCUUCAUCAUCCAGUCGGGUGGCGGCAAAAUCAACGACCACCUGAUGGAGCUUUUGAUCACCAUCUCCGCCUGCAAGACAGCCUCGGCCAACAGGGUCACGGCCGUGCUCCCGCUCUUCCCCUACUCCCGUCAGAGCGAUAUCCCCUACAACAAGACCGGAGCACCUCUUUCGAAGAACGGGCACGCCAGAAACCAAGGCAGCUACACAUUCGAGAGUCGUCCGCAGACGCCCUACAUAUCGCCGAGCGACGCUCGUCCUAACAGCGAAGUGCUUCACAAACGCAUGAGCGAGCUCCAGAUGAGCAACGGCGUGUCGAGCAACGGCGGCAAGAACGCACGCUUUGCUGACGGCCAGGUCAACGGUGACCAUACGGAGUCUCCCAAAAAGAACACUUCUGAUUACUUCGAGCAAGAACAGGCCGCUGGCCGGUCGUCAGUGAACGGCAUUAAACCAGCGGACAAUCAAAUUGUCGCUGAUCGUUCGAAGCCGCCUGUUUUCGAGCCACAGCGAGGUUACCGGCAGUGGGUUGCCCAGGCUGGCACAUUGAUUGCCGACCUCCUCACCUGUGCAGGAGCAGACCAUGUUAUCACCAUGGACCUGCAUGAUCCGCAGUAUCAGGGAUUCUUCGAUAUUCCCGUUGACAAUCUGUACGGGCGCCAGCUACUCAAGCACUACAUCAAGUACAAUAUCCCCAACUAUCAGCAAGCAGUUAUAGUCAGUCCGGACGCCGGCGGCGCGAAACGCGCCACAGCCAUUGCGGAUGCUUUGGGUAUGCCCUUCGCGUUGAUUCAUAAGGAACGCCGCCCCACUCAGAUUACUGAGCGCCAGAAUGCAUCCAUGAUGCUUGUAGGCGACGUGGCGGAACGCACCGCCAUCUUGAUUGAUGACCUAGCAGAUACGUGCAACACAAUCACCCGCGCAGCCAAGCUACUGAAAAAGGAGCACGCUACCAGGGUCGUAGCCCUCGUUACCCAUGGUAUCUUUAGCGGCGAUGCUAUUGAAAGACUAAAGGCUAGUGCUCUGGAUUUGGUCGUCACGACGAACAGCGUCGAUCAGAGAGAGCAUAAGGCGUUACUCGGUGACCAGCUUCACGUCCUCGAGGUUGGUCACGUGUUUGCAGAGGCUAUACGUCGUGUACACCAUGGUGAAAGUAUUAGCGUCUUAUUCAACUACGAUUAACCUUGCGAGAUCCACUCCUGCUUCGAGGCGCAAAAUUGGACAACACAGGUUAAUUUGGACAAUACGGUUAAUUUCGGUGGAUAGAGACAAGCAAAGACGUGGGAGGUUUCUGUUGAGCUAAGGUCAUAGGAGAGAAUUUUCCACAGCAGUGACUUCCCUUCAGAAAAGCAGCGAAGACGCAAAAAAACAAUCCUUUCAAGCUUUCCUAGUAUCAAACCAUACACUCCACCAUUUGCGUGGGAUCUAAUUUUUUCCCACUCACCAGAUAAGGGGAUUGGAGCUGCGACGGGCGUAAAGAAGCACUCAAACAAAUACCUAGGGUUAGGUGAUGUGAAAACGCGCUUCUGAUAACAUGUCACCUGCUUUUGUAAUAGGAUAGCUUUGACUACACCAGCAACGGCCCAAGAUGCCCUGUCUGGACAAAGAAUUGAGCUUCGACCUGCACUGGACGUGCACCAUCGUAGUGCCUCUCUCGUUUCUGGACCGCUAUUAAAAGCAUCGCCUUCCAUUCUGUUAGGCAAUAUCUUGGAAAGUAGUCAAGAGCAUGGACUUUAGAUGGUAGCUUCUCCUGAUGCGGUUCGAUAAUACUCAAGGCAACCUUCUGAAGCUAGAUGUGUUAUGACAAGAUUAAGAGGCGUAAGCGACAAAAAGGAAUUUUACGUUCGAGUUGAUACCUUUUUCGGCCUAACAUACAACAAGGAAAAUUUAUCAUAUUAUCUGAAAGAGCGAAUAGAGCCCUAUGAUUUGCACAAGGAUCUCGAUUACAAAUGAGAAAAAGCUAACGAUUCAG